AUGCCGGACCAGAUCUCCGUGUCGGAAUUCGUGUCCGAGACCAAUGAGGAUUACAAGUCACCCACCGCCUCCAACUUCACCACCCGGAUGGCCCAGUGCAGGAACACGGUGGCGGCCAUCGAGGAGGCUCUGGAUGUUGACCGAACUGUUCUCUAUAAAAUGAAGAAAUCAGUCAAAGCUAUAAACAUAUCUGGUCUGGCUCAUGUGGAAAAUGAAGAACAGUACACACAAGCACUGGAGAAAUUUGGAGGCAACUGUGUUUGCAGGGAUGACCCAGAUUUGGGAACAGCAUUUUUAAAAUUUUCUGUGUUUACAAAGGAGUUAACUGCACUCUUCAAAAAUUUGAUUCAGAAUAUGAACAACAUAAUCACUUUUCCAUUGGACAGUUUGCUAAAAGGAGAUCUGAAAGGAGUAAAAGGGGACUUAAAAAAACCCUUUGAUAAAGCUUGGAAGGACUAUGAAACAAAAGUUACAAAAAUAGAGAAGGAGAAAAAAGAGCAUGCUAAGCUGCAUGGGAUGAUCCGUACAGAAAUAAGUGGAGCUGAAAUUGCAGAAGAGAUGGAAAAAGAAAGACGGUUCUUCCAGUUGCAGAUGUGUGAGUACCUGCUGAAAGUCAAUGAAAUCAAGAUUAAAAAAGGAGUAGACUUGCUUCAAAACUUGAUCAAGUAUUUUCAUGCACAGUGCAAUUUCUUUCAGGAUGGAUUAAAAGCAGUUGAAAGUCUCAAGCCUUCAAUUGAGAUGCUCUCAACAGAUCUUUAUACAAUAAAACAAGCACAAGAUGAGGAAAGGAGACAACUAACGCAGCUUAGAGAUAUUUUAAAAUCAGCGCUCCAGGUUGAUCAGAAAGAGGAUUCUCAGAUCCGGCAGAGUACUGCUUACAGUUUACAUCAGCCUCAGGGAAACAAGGAACAUGGCACUGAACGAAGCGGUAGUCUAUACAAGAAAAGUGAUGGAAUCAGAAAAGUGUGGCAGAAAAGGAAGUGCUCAGUUAAAAAUGGUUUUCUUACAAUUUCCCAUGGUACAGCUAACCGGCCUCCAGCAAAGCUCAAUCUGUUAACCUGCCAAGUGAAAACAAACCCAGAGGAGAAAAAGUGUUUUGACCUCAUAUCACAUGACAGAACUUACCACUUUCAAGCAGAAGAUGAACAGGAAUGUCAAAUAUGGACUUCUGUGCUACAAAACAGCAAAGAGGAAGCUUUAAAUAAUGCAUUCAAAGGAGAUGAUAACACAGGAGAAAAUAAUAUUGUCCAGGAACUGACAAAAGAAAUUAUAUCUGAAGUCCAGAGGAUGACUGGAAAUGAUGUGUGUUGUGACUGUGGAGCACAAGAUCCUACCUGGCUUUCAACAAAUUUGGGAAUUCUGACUUGUAUUGAAUGCUCAGGAAUCCAUAGAGAACUUGGUGUUCACUAUUCCAGAAUGCAAUCACUGACGUUAGAUGUGCUGGGAACAUCUGAACUUUUGCUUGCAAAGAAUAUCGGGAAUGCCGGAUUCAAUGAGAUUAUGGAAUUCUGUCUGCCAGUUGAUGAGAUGGUCAAACCUAAUCCAAGCAGUGAUAUGAAUGCAAGAAAAGAUUAUAUUACUGCAAAGUAUAUUGAGAGAAAAUAUGCAAGGAAAAAGCAUGCUGACAAUGCAGCUAAAUUGCAUGCUCUUUGUGAAGCAGUCAAAUCGAGAGAUAUUCUUGGAUUAGUCCAAGUAUAUGCUGAUGGUGUGGACCUCACAGAAAAAAUUCCACUAGCCAAUGGCCACGAGCAAGAUGAAACAGCACUUCACCUUGCUGUUAGAUCAGUUGAUCGAACAUCCCUUCAUAUAGUUGACUUUUUAGUGCAGAAUAGUGGCAACCUAGACAAGCAAACAUGCAAAGGUAGUACAGCUCUUCACUACUGCUGUCUGACAGACAAUGUUGAGUGCCUCAAACUGCUUCUGAGAGGGAAGGCUUCUAUUGAAAUAGCCAACGAAUCUGGAGAGACACCACUUGAUAUAGCUAAACGUUUAAAACAUACUCACUGUGAAGAACUGCUUACUCAAGCACUGUCUGGAAGAUUUAAUUCUCAUGUUCAUGUAGAAUAUGAAUGGCGGUUACUCCAUGAAGAUCUGGAUGAAAGUGAUGAUGAUGUGGAUGAAAAGCUACAGCAACCUAGCCCGAAUCGGAGAGAGGACAGGCCUGUCAGCUUCUAUCAGCUGGGAUCAAACCAACUUCAGCCUAAUGUAGCAUCUUUGGCAAGAGAUGCAGCAAACAUUGCUAAGGAUAAACAAAGAGGAUUUAUGCCAAGUAUAUUGCAGAAUGAAACAUAUGGAGCAAUACUCAGUGGAAGUCCACCUCCCAUUCAACCUGCAGUACCUGUUACAAGUAGUGCACCUCCUCUACCUCCAAGGAAUAUUGGAAAAGUUCAGCCUUCAGUUCUUGGCAGUGGUAUUCACACAAUUUCUUCAUCUAAUGCAUUGUGGAGGACAAAUUCUUUAGGAGUGGAAAGUAUAAGCAGGCAGAGAUCUUCAUCAGAUCCACCAGCUAUUCAUCCCCCUGUGCCGCCAUUGCGUGUAACAUCUACAAAUGUGCUUUCUCCAGCACCACCCCCUCCGGUUGCAAAGACAGCUAGCAUUAUAGAAGCUUUGAACCAGCAAUCUAAACAGCAACCAGCUCCUCCACAAGCUAAGCCAACCCCACCACCACUGCCCCCACAACCUCCUAGUAGAAUCUCUCUGAGAAAACCUACUCCUGGGACUGAGAAAUCAUCUGGCUUAACAAACAAAGGGCAGUCUAGAGGACUUGGGUCUCUACAACAACCUGCAGGAGAAUCUUCCUCUGUAUGUGAAAUUCCAGUAACACAAACUAGUUCCACAGCAAACACUUUGGCACAGAUCCAACCACCAGCACCAAUGCCAAGGAAAUCACAAAUAUCAAAAACAAAACCCAAGAGGGUAAAAGCAAUUUACAACUGUGUAGCAGAUAACCCAGAUGAGCUAACGUUUUCAGAGGGAGAUAUCAUUGUAGUUGAUGGUGAAGAAGAUCAGGAGUGGUGGAUUGGUCACAUUGAUGGGGAUCCCAGUCGGAAAGGAGCUUUCCCUGUAUCAUUUGUGCACUUUAUUGUUGACUAAAUUGCUACUGAUAAAUGGAAACACUUCUCAUUUCCAGCAGUCACAGAAAUAAGCUUUUCUCUAUUUCAUUUCAUCUAUCUGCAAACAUCUUGCCAGAGCACUGCCCAAGUUCUAGGUACUGUAGCUAACUUUUAUUACCAUCAUUUUGAUUUUGGGACUUAUACAACUUUUUUUCUAUGUAAAAACUUCUCAUGUGCAGUUUACACUUAAAAAAAACCCCUCUUCCUGUAUUUUUCAAGGUGAACUGAAAAGCUUUAGCAAUGAAAAUCCAUAUAAAUGUGCGAACAUCAAAAUAUUAUGAAUCUUCUUUUCAGUGGAUUCACUGUAAUUUUAUUCUGCCUUUUGUAACAUGACAAUGUAUCGUUCAGUGUUGCUUCCCCAGUCAGAGAAAUUGUGUGCAUCUGUAACAGGGCAGUGAAUUUAUCCAAUUCUCAAUAUCAUUUGAAGCGUUGGAAACAAAACUUGUAAGCUGCUGAGUAGUUCUAAAUUGGACUAACUCAGCAUCUUGUCAUACUGGCUUUCAUCCAGGAUGUCAGCUAUUGCAGAAGAAACUAUUUUAACUGGGUGUCUUUGGCCAGGUAAAAAAAGUGUUCAGUUUACCACAGGAGAAACUUCUUUAUUUCAGAAUGGAUGUAGAUAUUUGCUUAAAAUUAUCUGAAGUCUGUGUUAGCUGUUGAACUUUCUAGUUCUAAUUUUGUGAGCUUGAGACUGUUUCAUUUUCUAUGCUGCAUGUGUGUGUAACCUGUUUUUUAAAUGUUCUUUAUAUAUGUUACAUCCAUUUUAGUCAUUCAAUAUGACUACUGCUGGUUAACUAAACUAUGGCAAUAUUCCUGAGUUACUAAAUUAACUCAAAGAUAUGAAAACUGCACUUCCUGAAAUGUACUUAGCUAUGAUGAUGGAUUGCAGAACAUUUCUUACAGUUGUAUCAUUAUAAUGUUUAGAUUUUUUUUUAAUUCUUGAAUCUUCUUAAUCAUCCAGCAAUGUGUUCAUUCAGUGAACAUAUUUGAUGGAACACUUAGAUAAUUAUCCUUGGUCAAUAAGUUAUCUGACACCUCACAAGUACACUACAUUAUGUUCUACUUUAUAAAAUUUGUGUGCCACUACCUUGCAAACAGUAAUAGUUUGCUAACUCACUCUAUUUAUAUAAUAUACCCACAUAUAUGGUAGCUACACUGUUGUUGAAUUUGUUUUGCUAAUUUGUGAACAAAGGCUAGGCCAAUGAUAAUUCCCAGUUGACUGAUAGAAUACAAAACAUCUGAUGGCUUAGGAUAGAAUCCUAAAAUCCAUGUCUACAUUGGCUUUGAUUGCAUAUUGUGAAUAGUGUAUCUCUAGGUUUGUCAAGAGAACUUUGAAUUUCUGACAAAUGGUGUUUAAAUUGGCCACCUUAGGUGUAACAAUGGAAAAAAGGCCAAUACACAUGCUUAUUUGGAGAAAAAAAAACACAUUGCAUUAAUGCUGGAAGAGCAACACUGAUCUUACAUCACCUUUCUUAAAUGGUACAGUUGGUUGAUAGCCUCUGAAAUGUAUGGGUACAGCCCAGUAUACAUAUAACUUUCAUUUUCUAGAUGCUGUUGCUGCAGUAUAAACGGGGAACAAACUGGAAUGUUAAGAUAUUUUUGUUGCAAGUUGAAGCAAAUUAGUCUGUAUUUUCAAAGUUCCCAGAAAAAUAUUAGAGUAAUAGUUUAGCACUAGUUUUAUUCACUUACUGGUAUGUUCAGUUUGCAACACUAUUUUGUAUGUUUCUAUCCCUGAUAGAGUCUAGAGAGUAAAUGGGCAUAUUAUUUUGCACAGAUCUCCUAAUGUACAGUAUUUUUAACACAGAAUCUUAUAGUAUAUGUAACAACUCAUCAAGUUAAACAAUGAUGCGAAUUUAAUUUUAGUUCUGCUAGACGAGGUAUACACUUUCAACUGUCACAAACCUGUUAGCUUAGUUACUCAGACCAGGAAACUUUUAGAAUACAAUGUAAUAGCACUAACUGUGCAGACAGAUAAAAUCUUAGGGACCAAUAAAGAGCAGCUAAGCAAAAUAUUUCCCUAGGUUUUCAAUAAUGCUUUCUCAAGGUUUGCUCCUCUGGCAGAAAAAAAAAAAAAUUCUAGAACCUGUAGAUAUCUAUUUAUAAUAUAAAAUGAAGAAUUUUAAGUCCAGAAUUUUGGCAUAUUUCAUACAACUUUUCAAACCUGAUUAAAAUCAUGAUUCAUAAAAUCUGUUAAUAGAUAGACUAUUAGGUUGCUGUGUUAACUGUUUAAAAAGGAGCAGAUGACAUUUAAAAAUGCAGCUUAGAAUGCUAUGAGAUGUAUAAUAUUCAAUUCAGUUGUUUUUAUUUUGUUUAGUUGCAGAGCAACUGUAUAUAUUGUAUAACCUAAAAUCAAGUCUUAUUUUCAAUGUCCUGGAUGCAGUGAUUUAUAAUUAGAGCAUGAUUAAUAAAUUUUACUCUUGCUAACCAGUCAAAGGGCUGGAAAAAUAAAACUACUUUUAAAAUCA